UUUGAAUAAAAACAAACAUUGAGCAAGUGUUAAUGAAUAUAAUUAGUAAAAGAAAAUAGCGUUUUAUUGUGCAAAGCAAUCAAUUUUGACGAUACUUUAAAGUUUGUGAUUUACAAAAAGAAAAUUGUAAAAAUUAGAUCAACAUGUCAUACUCAAGAGCCCGGUUUAUGGCAGCAGAUAAAAAGAGAUCUACAUUGAUAAAUAAACUAAAAUAUGGAGAAACAAAAUAUCCUCAGACUAAGGCUAGAGGUUACUACUCUGAUUUAAUAACCCAGGGAGCAGAUCUUGGUGAAUUAGAGCUAAUUACAAAGUCUGGUGCUAAAACAUAUCAAGAUUCACUCUGGAAAAUCAAUACAGAAAAACAUACACCACUCACCAACACAUUUGAAGUGACUAAAGAACAAGUUGAUAAAGAUUUAGAGACUCAAGUUUUUGGCCCACACACUGGGGUUUUCAUUAAAAAGGCUAAACCUGGGGAGAGCUGUGCCAGUGGUUGUGAUUUCAAUGCUCUAGCUUUUGAACCAAAAGUUCAGCUCCCUGUGUUACAUGUUCCUGGUGAGAAGCCCCGAAAAGUUGAAGUAGAGAGGCUGCGACGCCUGUAUGCAAGGCUAGACUUGCCCACUCUGCUGAGGGAGAGGGGAGUGAAAACAGAACUCUUGAUGCCUAAACAGCACACAAACCUGAACAUAAUUCUUAUGAUGAACCCAAAUGAUCCAGCACCUUUUCCUCCUUACCUACCCCUUGGCUUGUUUGACAACGCAGAAUUUGACAACAGGACUCCCAAGGAGUGGAUGCGCCUAGGGUACAUGAGCAAGGGUCAGGCGCCAAUACCAAGCGUGUGUUUGUUGCCAACUAAAGAUGAAGAUGGUGACAAAGAUCCAACAGACCCUAGCAUAGAAUAUGAUUGGUAUGAUGCUGGUGUUUUGGAUUAUGAUGCUGACACAAAGAAAUAUUUUGUCCAGCGAGUGGACGAAAACUGCCGGAUAGUUGACCCCAAUGGGGAGAUGGUGAUUAAUGGAUCUAUCGACCCUGUCACUGGCAAGAGAAAUAUUUACCCAAAUCAGUUUUGGAUUGAGAGAUGGAGGCUCAUGUUCAGAGCAGAAGAUCCCAGAAUAUUUGCAGACAGGGUAGCGUUUGCUUACCAGGCGAGGAAGCAGUGUGAGGCAGAGCUGCGCUACACACUCUAUGUAGACUGUAUGCCCAUGGAUGGCUUGGGGAACCUGACUGAGAAAAACUUUGCAGAGAUAGAGAAGCGUGCACACUCCACCCCUGGCCUCAGCAAGUUUAAAAAGCUUCGAGAAGCAACAACGAAAAUCGAGGAAGAAAUUACCUUGGACUACUGUAGAGUGAUGAACCAAUUUAUACUUGAGAAAGCUGUCCGGGAUGAUCCAUCGACAUUUGCUUUUGUCACAUUACCCAUCCGCUAUGAGAGGCCAGCCCCCAUGUACUCCAAAUGUCCAGAUGUGCCCCCUUACCCCUACGCAAGACAGAGUGACAGUUUUGCCUACAGCUCAAUCUAUACCAUCACUGAGAGCAUAGAAGCCAUGUGCCUGGUCAGGACAGAGUGCAACCAGCUGCUCAACAACAUGAGCUUUUUCAACUUUAAAAUCACAAAGAUGUUCAAGGUGCAGGAGUUUGAGAACCUGCAGGACCAGGCCAUCACAAUGAUGAGCAACUACUUGCGUGAGCAGUGGUUAAAUCUUUUGAAAACUCACAUCCGCAAGUCAUUCAUGGGGGUGAGAAAAGGCUGGUUCAACAUUUAUGAAGACAACUGGGCCAUUUAUCAAAUCUCAAAAAUGAAAAAAUUUAAUGAAACUGUCAAGUUUAUCAUGCAGGACACUAUACGUACCCUUGUGUUUGACUCACUGAGAAACUUCACCAGCAUGAUACUUGACGCCUGCUAUGCUACCAUGGAUGUCAGACCACAUUAUCGAUGGGGCAACAACCUGCAACACAGUCCCUUUGUACCAAGAAAAGCACCAAUCUUCAUCCUGGACCUAAUCCUUGAUGAAAAAGUCCACUUCAAUGCUGACCCAGAAGGCUUUGCUGACAUUAUGGAGAAUCUCUUCAACAAUGCUGUCUUUGGCACCUGGAACAUUCCAGUGCUGGAGAAAUUCAUCAUGCAAGACAUAUCCUGGUCUGAGACGCCACUCCUGGAAGCUGUGGACAAGAAUGAGACAGAGAUCAGAGAGUUGAGGCACACCCUACGGGACGCCGUCACCUCCUCCAUGAUCCCACUGCUGGCCUACGCCAAAAAGUUUGAGCAGUUUCUACCCAUUGUAAACUUGGACAUCAAACAAUUCAUCACUGCCAUAGAAGAGGAAGACAAGACUACCAAGGAAAUGGACAAAGAGGCCCAAAAACAUCUGAGAGAAAGGGAGACAAUCCUAAAGAUUUUACCCUACAGCAUUGCUAUAGGCCCUUAUUUAGUCAAUGUUGAAGGGGUGAGAGAUCAGUUGAGCACCAAAAGAUUGGAGUUGGCCAGCUCAAUUCUUUCACUUAUUGCCAAAAAACUGAGAAAGAUGGCUGAUGAGCUAAUAAUAGAGUUCCGAGACAUGCUUUCACGAAUCACUGAUGUUCCAGCCUGCAUUGAGGAGCUUUUUAACCUGAGAGAAUGGAUAGGGGAGGUCCCCUUAAAGCUGGACAAGAUUAGGGAAAACAUGGCUGUUGUGUUAUCUCAGUAUGACAUUCUGGAUGACUACAACUACAGUCUAAGUGAUGAGGACUUUCUCACCAAGAUCCUAAUGAUCAGCUGGCCAUUAAAAAUUGAGCAAAUGUGUGAGAAGAAACUGGAAGCUCUAGAGGAAGAUGAGGACCGCUACUUCAGACAACUGGAGUCUGACACCAUCACACUUAAUGAACGCUUGGACACAAACCAGAUUGUUGUGGCGGCUAUGGCUGAACACUCUGAGAUGGACAAAGCUCAUGAAUAUGCUAAUGAGAUGAGAAGAAUGUACAAGAACCUGAGAGACUGCCAGGAUCUGGCGCAGCUCUACAACAGCAGGGAGAAGCUCUUUAAGCUCAAGCCUACCAAUUACAGCCGUAUAGGAAAGAUCAUGAAGGAGUUUGAGCCGUUCAGGAAGCUGUGGAUCACCACGUCAGAGUGGGUGCGCUGGCAUGAAAGCUGGCUCACUGAUCCCAUGAGCUCCAUCAAUGCUGAAGAAUUGGAGCGGACUGUCACGGAGUCUUGGAAAACUAUGCAAAAGUCUGUUCGAUAUUUCAGCAACAUCCCAGCCGUACAGGAAGUUGCAAACAACAUCAAAAGUAACAUAGAAGAUUUUAAGCCUUAUGUCCCACUUAUACAAGGCCUGACUAACCCGGGACUUCGCAAGAGGCACUGGGAUAUUCUGUCUGAAGACAUUGGGAUGAAGCUGAAGCCAAGCCCCAACCUGACCUUCACUAAAGUGCUGGAGCUGAAACUGGAUGAGCACAUUGAGGUCAUCACACGUGUUUCUGAGGUGGCAGCCAAGGAGUAUGCUAUUGAGCUGUCCCUGAACAAGAUGGAAGCUGACUGGGAGAACAUAGAGUUUGAUGUCCAGCCCUACAAGAACACUGGCACUUUCAUGCUCAAAACAUCAGAUGAGAUCUCUCAAAUGUUGGAUGACCACAUCGUCCUGACCCAGUCGAUGGCUUUCUCACCCUUCAAGAAAGAAUUUGAGGAGCGCAUCGGUAUAUGGGAGCAAAAGCUUAAGCUAACCCAGGACGUACUUGAUGCCUGGCUGAAUGUCCAGAGGUCAUGGCUGUACCUAGAGCCUAUCUUCUCCUCUGAUGACAUCACCAAACAGCUGCCCACAGAGAGCAAGAGGUACAACACCAUGGAGCGCGUGUGGAGGAAGGUCAUGAGGAUGGCCAAAGCUGAGCCACAUGUGAUCCAGAUCUGCCCUGAUGAGAACAUGUUGACUGACCUGAAGAAGUGCAGUGAACUGCUGGACCAUGUGUCCAAGGGUCUGAGCGACUACCUGGAGACCAAGAGAGGCAGAUUCCCACGCUUCUUUUUCUUGUCAGACGACGAGCUGCUAGAGAUCCUCUCACAGUCCAAGGACCCCAGGGCUGUACAGCCACACCUGCGAAAGUGCUUUGAGAAUAUUGCCAGUCUGAAGUUUGAGGACAACCUGAGAAUUUCCAAGAUGUAUUCUGGUGAAGGAGAAUGUGUUGAUUUCUGUGAGGAGCUUUUCCCCAUCGGCAACAUUGAGGACUGGAUGCAGGAAAUAGAAAGAGUCAUGCGAGACACUGUGCGGGCUGUCAUCAUGGCGGCCCUGCCUGAUUAUCUAGAGAUUGCCAGGACAGACUUUGUGUUGAAGUGGCCGGGGCAAGUGGUGAUAGCUGUGUGUCAGACCUACUGGAGCUCUGAAGUGACCAAAGCACUAGAAGCCAAGAAUUUGGCCAAGUAUUUUGCCCGCUUGCUGGAGCAGUUGGACGCCCUGAGAGAGCUGGUCAGGAAGGACAUUUCAAAUAUUGGACGAAUGACUCUGUCAGCCCUCAUUGUGAUAGAAGUCCAUUCAAGGGAUGUUGUUGAUAAAAUGGUGCAGGAAAAUGUGAGUGACCCCAACGCAUUUGAGUGGAUCAGUCAGCUGAGGUACUACUGGCUAGAGGAUGAGAACCUCUACCAAAGAGCUGUCAAUGCACAAUUCCCCUACGGUUAUGAAUACCUGGGCAACACACCUCGGCUGGUGAUAACACCCCUCACUGACAGAUGUUACUUGACCUUGACCGGUGCCCUUCACCUUCUAUUUGGUGGAGCUCCCGCUGGGCCUGCAGGAACUGGAAAAACAGAAACCACCAAGGAUCUUGGCAAAGCCUUUGCCAUUCAGUGUGUGGUGUUCAAUUGUUCCGAUCAACUAGACUUCAUGGCCAUGGGGAAAUUUUUCAAAGGAUUGGCCAGCUCUGGAGCGUGGGCAUGUUUUGAUGAAUUUAACAGAAUUGAUAUUGAAGUGCUUUCUGUGGUGGCCCAGCAGAUUGCUACAAUACAGAAUGCUCAAAAAAUGAAGAUGGAAACAUUUUUAUUUGAAGGGGUAGAAAUAGCUCUAAAAAUGUCCUGUGCUGUUUUCAUCACCAUGAACCCAGGCUAUGCAGGCCGAACUGAACUGCCAGAUAAUUUAAAGGCAUUGUUCCGACCAGUUGCUAUGAUGGUGCCUGACUAUGGACUCAUCUCAGAAAUAAGUCUGUUUUCAUUUGGAUUCUCAAAUGCCAGAAGUCUGGCACAAAAAAUUGUUUCCACAUUUAAACUUUCAUCUGAACAACUUAGCAGCCAGGACCACUAUGACUUUGGUAUGAGAGCUGUGAAAAGUGUGAUCAGUGCUGCAGGAAACCUGAAGAGGACAUACCCGGACAUGGAUGAGCAAGUGAUUUGCUUGCGAGCCAUACAAGAUGUCAAUGUGCCGAAAUUCUUGGCUGAUGAUUUGAAACUUUUCAAUGGUAUCGUUUCUGAUCUUUUCCCUAGUGUCAAAAUGGAGCCUAUUGACUAUGGUAUAUUAGACAUGGCUUUGAGAUCCAACUGUUUGAAGAAUGGUUUGAAAGAUGUGGAUGAGUUUAUCCACAAGUGCAUCCAACUAUAUGAGACGACAGUUGUACGUCACGGCCUGAUGUUGGUGGGGCCAGCUGGUGGUGGCAAGACAGAGUGUUACAAGAACCUGCAAGCAGCCCAGACAGAACUGAAGGGACAGCCAAACCCGUCCCUGUCUUUCUUCUGUGCCACUCAUACAUACGCACUCAAUCCAAAGUCCAUCACUAUGGGUCAGCUGUAUGGCGAGUUUGACCUGUAUACUCAUGAAUGGACUGAUGGCAUCCUGUCCACUUUGAUUAGAGUGGGUACAGCUGCCACCAACAAUGACAAGAGGUGGUAUGUUUUUGACGGGCCAGUGGACGCUGUGUGGAUUGAAAACAUGAACACUGUGCUGGAUGACAACAAGAAACUCUGCCUCAGCAGUGGGGAGAUCAUCAAACUAACAGAUCACAUGACCAUGAUGUUUGAAGUGGCUGACCUGGCAGUGGCCUCCCCUGCCACAGUCAGUCGCUGUGGUAUGGUGUACAUGGGCACCACAGUGCUGGGGACCUGGCCCUUUGUGGAAUGCUGGCUCAAGACCAUCCCACAGAUACUCAAGGCCAACAUAGAACUCCUGGAGAAACUUUUCUCUGAAUUCCUGCUGCCUGGCUUGCAGUUUGUCAAGUCUAACCUGACAGAGAUUGUUCCUACAAUGGAGAGUGGCCUUGUCUUUAGCCUCUUUAGGAUAAUGGAUUGUUUCAUGGCCCCUUUAAAACUUAAGCCCAGCCAGAAAAUAAGUGAUGUCAUCUCUGAAGAUGACAUACCCAGGCUAGCUGAACUGGUGGAGCCGUGGUUCAUGUUUGCACUGAUCUGGUCCCUGGGUGGAUCCUGUGACAAUGACGGGCGCAUCAAGUUUGACGUUUGGCUCAGGGAGAAGAUGGACUCCAACAAUUCAAACCUGAAGUUCCCAACCACUGGCCUUGUGUAUGACUUUAAACUGGAUGAAGGUGGGAUACUUGGUCAGUCAGAGGAAGAAGAAGAAUCUAAUAAAGGUGUACACUGGGCCAGCUGGCUACAUGGACGUGAUGAGUACCAUGUCACAUCGGAGAUGAAGUACUCCGACAUCAUGGUGCCCACCAUAGACACCAUCAGGUCCACCUUUAUACUCAAUAUGUUUGUUGUAAACAAGAAGAGGCUGCUUUGUGUCGGACCAACUGGCACAGGCAAAACUCUGACCAUCUUGGACAAGUUAACCAGAGGCUUGUCAGAGGAAUUUUUGCCAGAGUUUAUCAACUUCUCUGCCAAAACAUCAGCCAACCAAACACAGGAUUUAAUUGAUGGGAAACUGGAUAAAAGGCGUAAAGGUAUCUUUGGUCCCCCUAUUGGCAAGUACUCUGUCUACUUUAUUGAUGACUUAAACAUGCCAGCCCUCGACACUUAUGGCGCACAGCCCCCUAUAGAACUUAUAAGACAGUAUAUGGACUUUCAAGGAUGGUAUGACCGCAAAGCUAUUGGUGAGUUUAGGACCCUGGCUGAUGUGAACUUUAUUGCUGCCAUGGGACCACCUGGAGGGGGGAGGAACCCGGUCACUGCCAGACUGCUGCGACAUUUCAACUUUCUGGCCUUCACUGCCAUGGGGGAUUCCAGCCUCUUCAAGAUCUUCAGAACCAUCUUGCAGUUCUGGAUCAGUAACUGUCCCUCCAUCGCCAACCUGUGUGAGCAACUGGUCAACUCCAGCAUCAGCAUGUACAACACCGUCCAGAAACAAAUGCUGCCCACACCUGCCAAGUCACACUACACCUUCAACCUGCGUGACCUCUCCAAAGUCUUCCAAGGCAUCCUGAUGGGGGACCACGAGGAAAACAAAACUGCAGCUGACAUUCUAAGGUUGUGGUACCAUGAAUGUUGUCGUGUCUUCCAAGACCGACUUGUCAAUGAUGAAGACAGGCUGGCUUUUGAAAAUUUACUGGGUGAAAAAAUGCUGCAAGAUUUUAAAGUCAAGUUUGAAAGUGUUGUGGUCAACCGUCCAGUCAUCUAUGGGGAUUUCUUGAACUCAGAUCUUGACCCAAGGCCCUACACCUUAAUCAGAGACCAUUCCCAGGCCCAGAGACACAUGGAGGAUUUUUUAGGGGACUUCAACCAGGCAUCCAACAAAAAGAUGGAGUUGGUCCUGUUCAUGGAUGCCGUGUCACAUGUCAGCCGCAUAGCACGCAUCCUGAGACAGCCCCUGGGCAAUGCUCUGCUGCUGGGGAUGGGGGGAAGUGGGAGGCAAAGCUUAACAAGGCUGGCUGCGCACAUCUCUGAAUACGACUGCUUCCAGAUUGAGCUGUCCAAGAACUACGGAGUCCAUGAGUGGCAUGAGGACCUGAAGAAGGUCAUGAUGAAAGCUGGACUCAGGGAGGAGCCUGUGGUUUUUCUCUUCAGUGACACACAGAUCAAGAACGAAUCAUUCCUAGAGGACCUGAACAACAUCCUGAACACAGGAGAUGUGCCCAACUUGUACGGGGCUGAGGAGAACGAGAACAUCUUUAAAGAGAUGAAGCCCAUAGUUCUAGAGGCUGGCCUGCAGCCCACACGGACAGUCAUGUUCUCCACAUACACCAAGAGGGUCAGGAGCAACCUACACACUGUCAUUACCAUGAGCCCACUUGGUGAAAUCUUCCGUUCCCGCCUGCGCCAGUUCCCUGCCUUGGUCAACUGUUGCACCAUUGACUGGUUCAGCCAGUGGCCCACUGACGCCCUCAAGUCUGUGGCCCUCAGGUUUCUCAACGACAUCGGAGAUCUGGAGGCCAGUCCAGAAGUCAUGACUGGUCUGGUGACCAUGUGUCAGAUGAUCCAGGAGUCUGUCAGCGUCAACUCUAUUGCCUUCCUGGAAGAAAUGUCUCGACACAACUACGUGACACCAACCUCCUACCUGGAGCUGCUGGGCCUCUUCUCACAGCUGGUCAGCAGGAAGAAGGGGGAGCUCACUCUGGCCAGCACAAGGCUCAAAACUGGCUUGGAUAAAAUUCUAGUGACAACAACUGAGGUGGCCAAACUACAAGAAGAGUUGGCCGUCAUGAGCCCAGAGCUGGAGAAGGCUGUCAAUAAUGCUGUUGUUACCAUGGAGCAAAUUGCUAAAGACACGGCUGUGGCCGAGGCCACCAAGCAGCAAGUCCAGUCAGAAGAACAAAUUGCUUCAGCCAAGGCCAUGGAAACUGAGGCCAUUGCAGCUGAUGCACAGAAGGAUUUAGCCGAGGCUCUACCAGCACUGGAAAGUGCCCUGUCUAGUCUCAAGUCUCUCAACAAAAAUGACGUGACAGAAGUGAGAGCCCUGCAGAGGCCGCCCCCUGGGGUCAAGCUGGUCAUGGAGGCCACCUGCAUCAUGAAACAAAUUCAGCCAAAGAAAGUGCCAGGAGACAAGCCAGGUACAAAGGUAGACGACUACUGGGAGGUGGGUAAGGCCCAGCUCCAGGACCCACAGAAGUUUCUGGACAGCUUGUUCCAGUAUGACAAGGACAACAUCCCAGCUGAGGUCAUCAAGAAGAUCACACCCUACAUCAAUGACCCUAACUUUACACCUCAGGCUAUUGCCAAGGUAUCCAAAGCCUGCACAUCAAUCUGCCAGUGGGCCAUCGCUAUGUACAAGUACCAUUUUGUGGCCAUCACUGUGGCCCCCAAGAGGGAGAAGCUGAAACAGGCCAUGGAUGAGCUGGCGGCCACUGAGAAGGUUUUAGCCAUUGCUAAAAAGAAACUUUUUGACGUGGAGAGUGGGGUGGCCAAGCUACAGAAACAAUACAAUGACAGCAUGAACAAGAAGAAGAAUCUAGAAGACAAAUGUAAACUUUGUGAAGGGAGGCUUGACCGGGCCGACAAGCUUAUAAACAGUUUGGCUGAUGAGAAAGAUCGCUGGGGUGACUCCAUAAAAAACUAUGAAAGAUUAAUCUUCAAUGUGGCUGGUGAUGUGCUGAUAUCAGCAGCCUUUGUUGCCUACCUCGGACCUUUCACAGCAGAUUACCGAAGUCGCAUGGUGAGCCAGUGGAGCAAGGCCCUGAUAGAAAACAAAGUCCCGUCUACACCUGACUCCAACCUGCUCAACACCAUGGGUGACCCCGUCAUGAUACGGAGCUGGCAGAUUCAGGGCCUGCCUGGGGAUAAUUAUUCUGUGGAGAAUGGUGUCAUUGUCAACCUCUCCAGGCGCUGGCCUCUCUUUAUAGACCCCCAGGGACAGGCCAACAAGUGGAUCAAAAACAUGGAAAUAGAAAAUGAGAUGGAAGUUGUGAAACAGUCCAGCAAAGACUUCAUCAGAACAUUGGAGAACUCCAUCAGGUUUGGCAAGCCUUGUCUGAUGGAGAAUGUUGCCUCAGAACUUGAUCCUUCCCUGGAACCAAUCCUACUCAGACAGGUCUUCAAACAACAAGGAUCUCUUGUGAUUAAAAUUGGUGACAACAUCAUCCCCUAUCAUAAGGACUUCAAGUUUUAUAUGACCAGCAAACUGCCCAAUCCUCACUACACACCUGAGGUUUCCACUAAAGUCACACUCAUUAAUUUCACACUGUCACCCAGUGGACUACAAGACCAGCUACUGGGUAUUGUUGUGGCGGAGGAACGUCCAGAUCUAGAGGACUCAAAGAACCAGCUGAUUGUCAGCAAUGCCAAGAUGAAGUCUGAGCUGAAGGAGAUUGAGGACAAGAUUCUCUACCUGCUCAGUGCCUCCCAGGGCAGUCCAGUGGACGACAUUGAGCUCAUUGAAACACUGGACGCAUCCAAGAUCACUUCACAGGAGAUCCAGACUAAAGUGAAGGUAGCCGAGACGACAGAAAAAAUUAUUGACGAGACUCGCAGCCAGUACAUCCCAGUGGCCUUGAACUCCCAGAUUUUGUUCUUCUGUGUGGCUGACAUGGGCAAGAUUGACCCCAUGUACCAGUACUCACUGGAGUGGUUCAUUGCCAUCUUCUUAAGUUCUAUAGCCCAGGCUGAGAGGGCAGAAACCCUGGCAGAUAGAGUUGUGAAUAUCAACGAGAUGUUCACCUAUAACCUCUUCCUAAACGUGUGCCGCAGUCUGUUUGAGAAACACAAACUUUUAUUUGGACUUCUCAUGGCUGCCAGAAAGGAGAUGGAAUCUGGUCAUAUUGAUAUGAUGGACUGGAGAUGGCUGAUUGCUGGUGGUACUAUAGUACCCCAACAACUCCCUAACCCUGACCCCAGCUGGAUAUCUGUUCGCUCAUGGAAUGACAUCUUGACCUUGCCAACUCUGCCAGCAUUUGGAAACUUUGCCACAGAUUUCGAGAAUCACUUGCAGGAAUUCAAGGCCAUAUUUGAUUGUGCUGAGCCUCAGGAAAUGCCACUGCCUGGUGCCUGGCAUGAAAAACUGGACAAGUUCCAGUCCAUUUUGGUGUUGAAAGCUCUCCGGCCUGACAAGGUGACCAAUGCCAUGCAGAUGUUUGUGGCCACGACCCUGGGUCAAAAGUUCAUUGAACCCCAGACAACAGACCUGGCUGUGGUCUUCAAGGACUCCUCCACCACCUCCCCCCUGGUCUUUGUGCUGUCCACAGGGACAGAUCCAGCAGGCUCGCUCUACGCCUUUGCUGAUACCAUGAAGUUCUCCAAAAAACUUAGCUCCAUCUCACUAGGGCAGGGACAGGGUCCCAGAGCUGAAGCUAUGAUGAAGUACGCCAUGGAGAAAGGCGCCUGGGUUUUCUUCCAGAACUGCCAUUUGGCCCCCAGCUGGAUGCCGGCCCUUGAGAGACUAGUAGAGACCAUUGAUCCUGAUGCUGUACACAAAGACUUCCGCCUGUGGCUGACCAGCAUGCCCAGCCCCCACUUCCCCGUGUACAUCCUACAGAACAGCUCUAAGAUGACAGUUGAACCUCCCAAAGGUAUCAAGGCCAACCUGCUCAGGUCAUACAUGAGCUUCAGUGACAAAUUUUUCAAGCAAUGCCCAGGGAAGGUGCGUGUGUUCAAACACCUGUUGUUCUCCAUCUGCCUGUUCCAUGCUGUUGUCCUGGAGCGCCGCAAGUUUGGUGCACUGGGCUUCAACAUCCCAUAUGAGUUCACAGACGGUGACCUGAGGAUUUGUAUAGACCAGCUCAGCAUGUUCCUCAUGGAGUACAAUGAGAUUCCAUUCAAGGUGCUGCUGUACACUGCUGGCCACAUCAACUACGGAGGUCGUGUGACGGAUGACUGGGACCGUCGCUGUCUGAUGAACAUCCUCGGUGACUUCUACUGCUUCGAAGUGAUCAGUAGCAGCCACUUGUACUCGGAGUCAGGCGUCUACAGGCAGAUGGGGGCAGAGACUGACCUAGUUGCAUACCUGGAGUACAUAAAAAACCUGCCCAUCAAUGACAAGCCAGAGAUUUUUGGUCUCCAUGACAAUGCCAACAUCACCUUUGCCCAGAAUGAGACCUCAUUGCUGCUGGGGUACCUGGUCGAGCUCCAGCCUAAGACAGCAGCAGGGAAGGGCAUGACAAGGGAAGAGGUGAUGGAGGCAACAGCCAAAUCCAUAUUAGAGAAAUGUCCAAAACCACUGAACAUAAAGGCUGUGAUAGAUAAGUACCCAGUCAUGUACGAGCAGUCCAUGAAUUCAGUGCUAGCCCAGGAGGUCAUAAGAUACAACCGUCUGCUGGCUGUCAUCCACCAGUCCUUGCAGGAUCUGCUCAAGGCACUCAAGGGGCUGGUGGUCAUGUCACAGAAGUUGGAGGAGAUGGCCAACAGUUUGUUUGUCAACACAGUCCCGGCCAUGUGGGCCAGCAAGGCCUACCCAUCACUGAAGCCCUUGGCUGCAUGGGUCGUUGACCUGAUGGACAGAAUAGUUUUUAUAAACAAGUGGGUAGCAGAAGGGAUCCCAAAGAUCUACUGGAUCUCUGGCUUCUUCUUCCCUCAAGCUUUCUUAACUGGCACAUUACAAAACUAUGCCAGGAAAAUGGCCAUCUCCAUAGAUACCAUCAGCUUUGAUUUCACUGUGAUACCCAAAGAAUCCAUAGCAGAGGCGCCAGAGAUAGGCUGCUACAUCGAGGGCUUGUACGUGGAAGGUGCAUGCUGGAACUGGGAGCACCAAAUCCUGUAUGAGUCCAACCCUAAAGAGCUGUACACGGACAUGCCACCCAUAUGGCUGGCCCCUGCACAGAACAGGAAGGAGCCAACCAAGGGGGUCUACUUCUGUCCAGUAUACAAAACAUUGACCAGAGCAGGUACACUGUCCACCACCGGUCACUCCACCAACUUCGUGUUCACUGUUGAGAUUCCUUCCUCCAAGCCGCAGCGCCACUGGAUCAAAAGGGGCGUGGCACUAAUGUGUGCCCUCAACUUUUAGUUGGCCGCAGAUGGUGGUGAGCUCAACAUGAGCUCAGGUUGUGUCUACUAUGUCCGUGAAUGAAUCUAAAUAA